AUGGAGGCUGCGUUUCACACCCAGAGCUUCGACAAGGCCAUUUCGGUCACGCCCAUCUCGAACCAUGUCUACUCGGCGAAUCUGGACUCAUCUUGGGCCAUCGGCGAUGUUCCACAUGGCGGAUACCUGGUAGCCAUUCUGUAUCGUCUCACCCGCUCCCAUUUCGCACUCACACACCCGGGCCGACACGAUGGCAAUGCGGCGCCGAUCGGCAUGCAGAUUGCCUACGUGCGCCGAUGCGCAACUGGUCCAGCACAGCUAGAUAUUGAAGACAUCAAACUCGGUGCAAGGACCUCGUUGAUCCGAAUUACCCUGUCCCAACAGAACUUGGCACGUGAGAAGAUCGUCAAGCUGACGGGUCUCAUCACCAUUUCAAAUCUGGCUAGCGAAACUGGUCUGUCUCUGGCUUCUGGUUGGACUCUCAGUCCGAGGCCUGCGACUUUUGUGUUCCCUCACAAGAGUACGAGCCGGGACUUUGGUUCGGACCAGACCAUCCAAACAAGCCCGUGGAAACGUGUUCGCGUUCCACACCCCGAAUUUCGCAAGGCAACCAGUCACGUCGAAGUGCAUGUAGCUGAGACAGCCUCUCAGACUGCUUCGCACCGACACCUUACAGACCAAUGGGCUGCACUGCGAUGGACUGACGAAGACGGCCGUCCUGUAGAAGGUCGGUGGACUAACGAGGCUGCAGCGUUUCUCCUCGACGUCUUCCCCACAGCACUGACGAACCUCGAGACGCAGGCCACGGCCGAUGAUUCGGUGACGGCCCCUAUGUGGUUUCCAACCUUGAGUCUGAAUAUCGACUUUAAGAAAGAGCUGCCUAAGGACGGUGCGGAGUGGUUGUUCAGUAGAGUCACCAUGAAGUCGAUUAAGAACGGACGAACGGACAUUGAGGUUGUGCUCAUGGAUGAGUCGGAAGAGCUUGUUGCCUUGGCUACGCAGGCUGGGUUGGUGAUGAGCUCUGCGCGCAAUCGCGCCAAGUUCUAA